UCCAACUCUACAUCUUCUCUGUCGCCGAUUUCGCUUCUCCCUCCUCUUCAUGUCUAGCCACCGGAGACCCGAGGCCUCCACCACUUAGUCCUCACCACCGUGGCUGCACUUCCGUUGUUGCUCUGCCAAUCACCGAUCUUCUCCCGAAUAUGACCCAUCGCAUACUUAGUCCCCGACCAACAUCCGCCGCCAUGCUUCAGCUAUGAGGCGCCACUCUUAGAAAUUUCCUCUUCAUCGGUAUUUGAUCUUCUUUUGAGCCUUUCAUCCGAAUCCAGUGAGCCAACUGUGGGAGAGUCUAAGGUUUGGGUGUUCAUUUCAGAUCCUGACGAGACUUGAGGCUAGAGAAUCCAUACUUGUCUCAUGCCUUGGUGAUUACUUCCAAAGGUUAGGUCCCCGGGAUAGAGUGCGGUAUAGAGAUCUCAUUUGCCCUACAGUUUCUACUUAUCACCUGCGUCAAUGAUAGAAAAAAUGCUUACGCUCUGAUCUUGGAAGACUGAUCGCAUUUAUCACCCAAGAUUUGCAUAUGGUUUAAUCUUCAGAUCCAAACAUUACAUUGCAAUCAAAUAGAAUAUAAAACCACCAAGAAAAUUGACCUUUUGGUCGCUUAUUCUAAUCCUCCCGAACUUAAACGUUGAAUCCAAUGCAUAUAUGUGUUCAAGUACAAGUGUGAAUGAUCGCUCCAUUUCUGUCUUCAACCCACAAACUAAGCUAGAAAAUCAAAUGGACAUGGAGCAAGAAGAAAUGCAGUUUCUGGGGCUUUUUGGGAUCUACAAAGAAGCCUACAAACUGAUGUUCAGAUGGGGGAAAAUCUUCACCCAAAUAACCCUAACCCUAAUCCUCCCUCUUUCCCUCAUCUUCUUGGCGUACGAGGAAGUCUCCACCAUCCUCUUCUGGCGGAUAAGGUACAACGAAUUCCGGCUACAUCGCACAACCGCCGGCACGCCAGCCUACCACCGUCUGGCCGAUCUGGUAUCCUCCGAAUGGGUGACCUACAUACUCCUCAAGGCUAUCUACCUAGUGUUCCUCCUCGCCUUCUCCCUUCUCUCCACCGCCGCCGUCGUCUACACCAUCGCAUCUGUCUAUGCAGCGCGUGAGGUCACCUUCCGGAGGGUGAUGAGCGUCGUCCCCAGGGUUUGGAAGCGGCUGAUGGUCACUUUCCUGUGCAUCUUCCUCGCCCUGGUGGUUUACAACACAGCGUUUGUGUUAGUUUUUUAUGUUUGGCACCUCACCAUGGCUGAGUUGGAGGAUCACGACACGGCUGCGACGGUGGUGCUCCUGGUUUUAAUAGGUGUGUACGCGGCGGGGUUUGUUUACAUGACGAUCAUCUGGCAACUGGCGAGCGUGGUGUCCGUGCUGGAGGAUUCGUGCGGGUUCAGAGCCAUGGCUAAGAGCAGGAAUUUGAUCAGAGGGAAAAUGGUUGUGACGGCGGUGAUCUUCUUCAAGCUGAACUUGUCGUUGGCGAUCAUCAAUUUCGUGUUCAGGGUUUCGGUGGUGUACGGCUACUGGCGGCGGGAGAUGCAGGUGGGACUCGGGGUGGUGUGCCUGCUGCUGCUGUUCAAGUUGUUCUUGUUGGGGUUGGUGGUGCAGACAGUGAUCUACUUUGUCUGCAAAUCGUAUCACCAUGAAAGCAUCGAUAAGUCGGCUUUGUCGGAUCACUUGGAGGUGCUGUAUCUAGGAGAGCACUAUGUACCUUUGAAGCCUAGGGAUCUUCAAGAUGUCCAAAUGGGUGAAUAUCGUCCAGAAUCCGACAGAUCUGUCCUAGUAUAGGUUGUCUACUCAUUAGGAUUAGCCAGGAGAUAAGCCUCAACAGCCUUGAUGGUCGUCUCAGUUUUCCUAUCUCCAAUCUUGAUGCUCGCUUCAAGCUGCUUCAGUUUC